AUGACUUUAUCAGCCAAGAACCCAUCCUCUGAAGCUCCCAGGAACGGCGAUAAGAAAUCCGAGGCUUCUGUUACUAAACCAGAUGUUUCAACAAAGACGACAGUCCCUGCCCUGCAUAACAAGGGAGACAAGAAAGAAGGCUCUGCAAAUCCAAUUGUUACCUUUGCUGCCGGGGUGCCCGACGUUUAUGGCAUACUGCGAGAUUACUUCCUAAGAAGCUUCACGAGAGGUAAAACUAGGUCUGCUAGUAGAGCGUAA